AUGGCUUCCUCCAUUCCAUUUCAAGACCUUAACCUGCCCCCAUAUCCCACCAGUCCCAGCUCCUUCACCCAGUCCCCCAUCAAUGUUCCAAAUAUGGAACCAAAUCUAGAAACCUUUCAUGAAGGAAUGCCGUUGAUCAUUCCAGAUCCUCAAUUCUCAAGAAACAUAGAUUCUGCACCCCUGACGCAGGAACCAAAUCAGGAUCGACGCGUCUUCGAUAGACGGUCCUCACAAUUGGUGAGGAUGAACAAUCUGACCCUAGAAGAACAGAGGGUCCUCCGGGAGGACGUGAGGAGGACGAAGAUGCUUUUUGAUUCACUACGGAUUUCAAUUUCUUCAGAGCAAGAUGAGCUGUUCAGACAGGGUAACGAAGAAGGGCGUUCUCGAAUCCGUGGCGAUUUAAAAGCAUAUUCCACCAUGAAAAACAAGGGCCUUUGGCUAAAUCGUGAUAAGAGGGUGGUGGGCUCAAUUCCUGGCAUAGAAAUAGGGGAUGUUUUCCUUUCGAGGAUAGAGCUUCAAGUGCUGGGAUUGCAUGGGCAAAUUCAAGCUGGAAUCGACUUCGUUCCAGCUAACCAAAGCACCAACGGGGAGUCGGUGGCGACAAGUAUAGUUGUAAACGAAGGAUUCAAAGAUGAUCAAGAUUUAGGAAAGGAGAUUAUCUAUUGUGGUCAAGGUAAUCAAAUUUCUAAUCAGAGGAUGGAAGGUGGGAAUCUCGCCCUUCAAACAAGUUAUGAUCGAGAAGUGGAAAUCAGAGUCAUAAGAGGAUUCAAAUACGAAGGAAGUGAAACCGCGAAGAUAUAUGUGUACGACGGUUUAUACAUAAUAACCGAAAUUUGGCUCGACAUUGGAAGAUCCGGGUAUCAAGUGUACAAAUUUCAACUCGAACGAGUUGAAAAUCAAGCUCGUACAGGGACUCGUGCUUUUAGGUUUACUGAGGACGUCAAGAACUAA